AUGGAUGAGCUGGAGGACUUCACUUUGCAGGACCUGGAUGGUGCCUGGGUUUGCCCCAAAGGGCUCUUCCACCACAUUCAAAAGGCCGUGCUUUCUUCUGAGGGGUCUUUGGCCAGACCGUUUCGAGCCGACCGGGCUGACAAGCAUGGACCAAACCAUUUCUCCGUGGGGCACCGAAGGCGCAAAGGAUCCGCUCCAUCCACUCUGCUGCGCUGCCAACUAAGGUCCAGGUGCACCCUGCUAUGGACGAGUCCAGCUUACAAGGAGCAGUGGGAGCGGUACACGCCUUCCAUCGCUGGUUGUCUGGAAGCCCUCUUCAUCGGACGUGAUGGAACAGAGGUGAGGGCGGAUGUGGCCAAGGCAACAAAUGUGCGCGAACUGCGGAAGGAAGCAUGCAAGCAGUCUCUCCGAUCGUGGGGGUUUUCAGUUAUCUCCUUGGACGAGCUAUCUUUGACGGAAGUUGCAACUGGCAAGGUCUUGACAGACAGCUGUGACCUCUCCAGUUCUGAAGAUGUCAAAUUGAGAGUAUCAACCUCUCUGUCCGACAUGAUCUUGGCGGGGCGACUGCGACUAACAUAUGCAGACGGGAGAGCGUGCGAAGCAGAUGUCCAGCAUGUUUUUCACCUGCGUGAAAUAUUCGCGAGUGUGGCGAAGCACACGUCGCGACCUCCUGAGUUCGUCAGAAUAUUCGCAGGCUGCAAACAGGGAAAUGUGCAACUGCGCAGUACUCAGACAUGGAUCUGUGGACCGGACGACGAAGUCGUGCUUGAAGUGCAUCUGCGAGAGACCAUAGCUGAGCUGUGGUCUUCUCGGAGGCUCUCACUGCUGCGUGACGGUCAGGACUGGCACGUAGAUCUCUCGAAGACCUGGACACUGGAGCAGCUGCGGGAAGUUCUUGCACGUGAAACGCUUCGCCCUUCCCGCUUUGUCCGCUUCGCGAAUGAAGACUUGUACCGUAAUGAGGCUUGGAAUCUCGAGCUUGGACAGAGCAUGAACAUUGAAGUGCAGAUAUGUCCAACUGUUGCAGAGCUAAUAAGCCAAAGCGGGGUGAAGAUCGUCAACUGUAUGACCGGUGAUGAAAUUUCCAUGGCUGCAAAGGAAGCAUCGUGCCUCCAAUCCAUCCAAGACUUGCGCGAGCACAUUGCUCGUUGUCGUAAACUGCGUGCCACUGCUGUGACCCUGCUCGCCAAUGACAAACCGCUGUGGGACAAAGAUCUCUGCGAUCUAUGCACGAUCAGUGCAGGCAGCACGAUAGCGGUUUGCCUGCGUGAUCCCAAGCUUUGUGAACAGGGACAGCACGAGGAAAUGGUUUUCUGCAACAACGGCUACAAUGACAAGGUCGAGUACGAGUUGGCUCGGAGCGUUCCUGAGCCAGGGAAGAAGGCGAAGAAGGAUGAGAUACCGCUGUCGCAGCGGGAUGAGCCACCUCAGCCUCUUCCAGAGGACGGCAAGUGGCAAUGGUCAGCCAGCACCACCUUCCUGUGGGCGAUGACCGGGAAGAAGAAGUGUGGCUGGGUGCAGCUGCUCCCUCGGGGAAAGCUUUCCACCACUUGGUGUCUUGGGAGCUGGGAGGUCUUGGCCAACAAUACGGAUGUCAUCGACAUGAGCUUCAGCGAUUACAGACAUCUUUGCCACUACAAGGACGGCGGCUUCGUGGUCGAGCAGAAGUACGGCUUAAGGACAGGCAAGGACGCCUACAAGCCUGGCGUUGCCAAGACGGAAGGCUUCAUCACGAAAAACGACCAGCGAGGUCACAGUGGCGUUCCAGGCUACAAAUCAUCCUCCGGUCGAGGUUCCAAGCGGAAGGACCUCAGCGACGACGAGGCCGAAGCAAAGGCAGCCAGCUUCCUUCAAAAGGACCUCUCCUUCGAAGCCUUCUUCGGCGCCUGGUCGGACUGGAAAUCAAAGCGCGAGAGGUGCUUCUCCGAAGUGCCCUGGGCCACAGCCGCGCCUGAGGUGCCUAUGCCGGAGGAGACAAAGGCCGAAGCUGCGCUCCGCGAGGCGGAGGAAGCAGAGGAAGCUGCAGAGGGAGCUGCCCUGGAGGCCACUGCCGAGGCCUGUGUCUGCAUGUCCCACAGCGGUACAGUAGCCUCUUCCUCCACAGCUGCAGAGGAGGAGGAGCAGGAGCAGGAGCUGAAGGGACUUUGCAUAAUUCGACGCCAGAAACGCUUCUUUGCGCAGAAAGGGGUCCGAGCCAAAACGCUGUGCUGGCUGCGCCGCAUAAACAGAAAAGAAGCAUCGCCGGGUGGGUUGCGGACUCCACAGGGCCUAUUUGUCUAG